AUGCUGUCGAUUACUCCAAUUGCUCUCGGAUUAAUCUUGCCGAUGGUUUUCGGCGCCACAGUCCCUCCAGAGCUCAGCGAUCGUAAAGACGUAAGUGUUGUGUUCCCAUCGAGCAUGAUUACAAUUUUCUCAACAUGAUGUUUUUGAUUUCAGGAGGGAUCAGUUUGGUGUCCCGCGCCAAUAGUUGGCCAGAAAUGUCCUGAUGGCUCCAUUUUCCAUUACUAUUACUGCUGCGGAACCGCCAACAAGGACUGCUGUUCGAGUCUUGAGGUAAGAGGGGUGCCUUAUUUGGGAAGGGCAGUGUGCAGAGUGCGACGCUCAGAUUUUCUUUAAAUUUUGCAUCUGCGGUAAGGCUAGGUCACAGAUGAUUUUUUAAAAAUUUUAGCAGAGGCGGCCGAGAUAUUCAGGUAAAAAUUUACGGUCAAAAUUUUACGUGGACAAAACAAAAAAUCGAAUUUUUUCCAACUUUCGGCAAAAAAUCUCUAUUUUUUCUGCAAAACGCGAACUAGAAAUCUCGCAUAUGCCUUUACAAAAGUUAAUCCAAGUCCAUGUUAAGUUUUAUUAAAAUCUGAGCGUCGCAUUUUGAGCCCUUUCCCCAUUAAACUGAGCUCUUCGACUUGGGAAUAUUAUGACACUACCGAUUCCCUUGCCGCGAAAAAUCUCGUGACAGUUUUCUCCUAAUUAGGCCAGUUUCCAACGGGCCAAACAUCGGACUAUAUGCGGCAAAACAAAAAACAUUGGUUUUAUAAACAAUAGGCCCUUUUUUGGAGUCCUCAGAAAUUAGAGAACAAGAUUUCCUAAUGACCUUUUCACUUUUAGACCUGGUUCAUUGUCGUGUUGGCGAUCUUCGGUAUCCUGGUGGUCAGUGCCAUUGCUGUUGGGAUCCUCCGUUUCCUGAAAAGACGUGGAUAA